AUGGCACCUUCCCUUGAACAGAGAGUCAUCGAGGCACUCGAGAAGUGCUCCACUGACGCAGACACCCCCUUCGACGAUGUCUUACGUGUCGCGCUGGAAGUCACACAGAAGAUGCUUGAGCAAGUCGAUCCACCCGAGAUCGUUACGCCUGUCGCCUCAGCUGCAUCAUCGGUCCCUCUCAUUGCUCAGAUCGCUCCUCCGGCCUCUGCUCUAGCUCCCAAUUCAACUCCUGCUCAAGCUAUCGCUUCUCCCGCCGCUCCUGGUAACACCAAUACACCUGCCGCACGUGGAGUUCUUCGCGCCGCGCUUCCUCUGGCGAUGGCUUCUGCCCGCAAACGAGCCGCUCGCGAAAUCGUCUCGCCAACCCCGACUGUUGGUGAUGAGACUGAUAACAAGAACGAGUUUGUGUGCGAGUUUGCUGGCUGCAGACGCUCUUAUGAGCACAAGGGCUCUCGCACCCGCCAUUACAAGGUCAACCAUGGCGGCCAACGUCCUCGAUCAAAGUAA